AACUCCAAUAUCAAUGGCCGGUUCUACCGCCCAGACCUUCACCAAGUCGUAUGCGCACUGUGUCGACCCUUUCAAGCCCCUUUCUACUCAUGUAUCUGAGUCAUCUCCUUCAAAUACGUCUCAGAUCAUCACUCUUCCUAGCAUCCCCGAGCUUCAUGACCCCAAUUUCCUUGACAUACUUCUACCUCCACCCGAAAAUGUCAUCAAGGUCCCUACGCCUACUGCUCCUACUAAUGCCUUGAUGACCGCUUUGCGCGAGGAUUUCGGCAAUCGCGCUCUCACCGAAAAUCAGUCGCCCGCCUACGCCUCCACGCUCAACUCAUCCCUCGAUUUCUUCUCCGCCGGCCCCGCCCAGCUCACCGGUCCUCUUGUGCACACUCUUCUAUCCGCGAGCUGGGAGAAGGAUCCAGAUCUGACACUACGCCUCAUCUUUUAUCUUCGCUCAAUCCAUGACGGCAGGGGCGAGAAGUCUGAUUCAUUUCUCCAUGCUUAUGGUUGGCUGUAUAAACAUCAUCCGCGCACAGCGAUCGCCAACCUCCAAAAUCUUGUCGAUCCCAUAAUCGAUCGCCCAGCCAAAAAGUCUAAGGGCGACGGGGUUACAGCCUCAGGGAAGCAAGAUGCUAACGAGAAUGAGGAGGAAUGGACCGACAUCUCCUCCGAGACUGCCGUUGCUGACGCAGAACAGGACGAUGGAAAGAAGGACAUACGUCUAGGUUACGCACAUGGCUAUUACAAAGACCUCCUGAAUAUUCUCCUCCUCGCCGCCUUGGGCGAGCUGACCAAUCCCGAUUCCUCCUUCUCCGUUCUCCACAAUGAUCGUCCUGGUUAUACUCGUUCCAAGAAAGGCAAGGCGCACAUCGGAGCUUCACAGAGGAGGUCUCGCAAGGGGCAAGUUCGUACUCAUGGCUCAUCUAUGGAUGUCGAUACGUCUACGUCACCUCGGAACCCGGCUGGAGGUACAUACGCUCCCGAGACACCAGCUGAAAAGAAGGCAAGGGAGGCGAAGCAGAGGUAUGAUACCUUGGUUAGCAAGCUUGGCAGUCCUGCCUUUCGCGCUCUCUACAUUGCCGUUGCUCGUAUCUUUGCAUCCAAGCUCGCGCAGGACAUCGGCACGCUCCUACGGCUCACUUGCUCUGAUGCAUCCAACCUGAGUGAGAACGACAAGAUCGAACUUAAGUUCCAGAUCUCUCUCGCUGCUAAGUGGGCUCCGUCCCUCGGUGCCUCCCACGAUCGUCACACCAACAUUGCCACUGCCAUUGCCUCCAUCUUACAUGGUCAGGGUUUCAUGUCUGGCCUUCCGGCUGAAUACACUCCUUCCACACUUUCGGCUGCCGAUGCCGAAACCAUACGUGGUUAUUAUCGUCGCUGGAUCAUGGCUCCUCUACGCCGCUACACUCUGAUUCCCGAGACAUUUAUGUCUGAAGGGAACUGGUCGCGCGUCGUUUACGGUCGUGUCCCUGCCGGCUCAAUGAAGAUGCACAAGUCUGAAUUCGCCCGGCACGACAACGAGCGAUUUACCGAGUACAUCAAGGAUGUUGUCGCUGGUAAGCGCAAGAUUGCUGGUGGUACACUCCUUCCGCACGAGCUGUUGAGCGAGGCUAUGGUCGUCAGCGGAAAGCUUGACGACCCGAUUGCGAAUGUGGAGAAAAUGGUCAUAGAGAGUCAGUGGAAGGCGCUGGUGGACAAAGUCCGUGAGUCUGGCACACUCGAUAAUUGCUUGGCUGUUUGCGACGUGAGCGGAUCUAUGGGUUUUUUGAGCAGCCGUGUAACGAAAAACGCUGCGCAACAGCCAAUCUACCCCGCGGUGGCGCUCUCACUUCUUCUCGCCCAGCUUGCUCGCCCGCCAUUUGCCAACACCUUCAUCACCUUCAGCGCUACUCCUCAGCUUUUUACACUCGAUCCUUCGCUGGACCUCGUCGCCACGGCUGAGAAGAUGGGUCAGGCUGCAUGGGGGAUGAAUACGGAUUUCCUCGCUGUCUUCCUCGACUUACUCUUGCCCCUUGCCAUUAAGCACAAGAUCAAGAAGGAGGACAUGAUCAAGCGUCUGUUCGUGUUCUCUGACAUGCAGUUCGACGAUGCUCGUCUGAAAAUCCCCCCCGUCAAUCCCGGUUCUUCGGGGCACUAUGAAAUCCAGGAGCCCGUUCUCGGAGACUGGAUCACAGAUCACCAGAGAAUCGUACAGGCGUACAAGGAGGCGGGAUACGAUGUCCCAGAGCUUGUGUACUGGAACCUGGGUGGAUAUGGCACGACACCUGUGUUGGAAAGUCAGGAGGGUUGCUCGCUCAUCGGCGGGUUCUCGCCAAAUAUGCUCAAGCUGUUCAUGGAGGAGGAUGAAGAGGUUCUGAGAAAGUCAAUGGAGGAGAUGAGGCUGCAGCAGAACGAGGCCGGGGGCUCGAAGGCCGAAGCAGAAGCCACCGCAACGAGCGGUAUGAACCCCGUAGAGACGAUGAUGAAGGCGUUAACGAAGAAGAGUUUUGACGUCUUGAAGGUAUUGGAUUAG